AUGAAUAAUAAAUUACAGGAUUUUACGGCAUGGGCUACAACAUCAUCAAGUGUUGAUUCAGUUUCCAAUUCUGAAGUAAACACUGAUCAACUCAGGGAUAAUAAAAAUAAUAAAACUACAUCCCAUCCUGUUGUAUAUGAUGAUAAAAACUCUAUUAUGGACACUCUCAUCAUUAAUCAAAGUAUUCACGAGACUAUUUCCUUUGCAAAUGAUUUAGUAACAACAACUCAUUUGGUUUCAAAAAGUAAUAAUAGAACCCGACGAUUGAUUAAUCCAAAAAAGAUUGAGAAUAGUAAUCCAUCUGAAUUAUUUACGAAAAAUCUUACUAAUUUUCGCCGUAAAUUUUCGAAAAAUACCAACGGUACAUCUACGAAUAGGAGACGCCUACUUCUAAAAAAAAAUACUUCAUCUAACGAUGAUGGAACAGUUAAUAAUAACACGACACCUGAUAGUUUGAUUACCCAAGAAUUGAAGAGAAUUACUUCUUUUACUAGGAAUGUUAAGCCAAAAAACAAUUUCAUUAAUUUAAACCGUACUCAUAACGCUGGAAAAAAUAAUAAAUUUGAUCUCCUUUCGAGAACAAUGGACCCUAAUAAUAAAAAUAAAAACGAUAACACUGAUGGUAAAAAUCGUAGACUACAUUUGAGACCUUUUUCCAGGAUAAGUACUACUGGUAAUUAUAGUUCUCUCAAUACUACUACAAGUACUAUCAAUACUGGUAAUAAUGUAAGCAACGUCAGUACUCAAGCUCCUAGUAUCCCUAAUAACCAAAAUCGUCCCAAGUCUUUUCUUCAAAAAGAGUACGAAAAAGCUAUGAGGCGGGCGUUCCUUGAAUCGCUUGACAACAGAAGGAAGUCUCAUUUCUAA